CCCCUCCCUUAAUCCGAUUCAUUCUCAAUAAAGCAAUUGCAUCAUGAGAAGCUUCGCCGUGCUUUUGAUCAUGGCACUAGCCACCGUCGUCGCGCCGCCGGUUGCCAUCGCUAGCCGAGCAGGGCUUCCGGCCAGGAGCAGCCGGUUCCUGGCGGCCAACGCCGCCCCGGUCGUCUACGACUGCUCCAAGAAAUCGGCCUCCGUCUGCCUCGCGCCGGGGAGCCCAGGGGCGACGUGCUGCGGCGGCCAGUGCGUCGACACCGUCUUCAGCCCGUACCACUGCGGCGGCUGCAACAAGGUGUGCAAGAACCGGCACGGCACUUGCUGCGGCGGGAACUGCGUCGACCUGGACUCCGACAAGGACAACUGCGGCAGGUGCGGGAACCAGUGCAGCAAGAAGUGCAGCUAUGGUUUCUGUGACUAUGCUUAGUAUACCCCAAGAUUUAACUCUGAAAGCUUUCUGGAGAUCUAGCUGGUUGCGUAUGAUUAUAUUCUGGAUGGAAAUAGGAAAAGUUGAAAUACUUGUUGAUUGGAGUUAAGAAGUACUCUUAAGGUCCUGCUUUGAAAGCGGAAGAGAGGUUGAUGCGUGAAGUUUUUUAGAUUAAAUUUGUCCUAAAAAUUUC